UCAUUCACACUAUCACGUGACUAUAGGUCCCGUUUCGUUCUCUUCUGUGGCAUUUCUGCUGAAGCGAAGCAGCGUUCUCGUUGUCGAGCGCAAAUAUUGACAGAAAAGAAUGGCCCUAUUUCGAAUAACUGCUCUUCGCGUCACAGAAACUCACAAGGAUUUCUUUGCUACUGGAAUUUCAGUUGUGACCCUGAAAGAAUCUGCACGUCAGGCCCAAAAUAUCCUCCUCCAUAUAGACACACCUCUUGAGCUCUUGCCAAGUGCACUUCCAGCUCUAUCAGUUCUACUGCGUAAUGCAUCAGAAGCAACUGAUCUUAAAGCAGUGCUGGCAAAGAAAAUUCCUCAAGAGCAGGAACGUGUUAAAUCUUUCAGGAAAGCCCAUGGAGCCACCAAAGUUGGAGAAGUUACAGUUGACAUGAUGUAUGGUGGCAUGAGAGGUAUUAAAGGCCUUGUUUGUGAAACUUCUGUUUUGGAUGCUGAUGAGGGAAUUAGGUUCAGAGGAUAUUCCAUUCCGGAAUGUCAAAAACUUCUUCCCAAAGCAAAGGGAGGUUCUGAACCUCUUCCUGAGGGUCUGUUCUGGCUUCUGAUCACUGGUGAUAUUCCUACCCAAGAACAAUCUAAUGCUAUUUCAGUUGAAUGGGCUAGCAGAGCUGGUUUGCCAUCUCAUGUAGUGACGAUGCUUAACAACUUCCCUCCUUCUCUGCAUCCUAUGUCACAAUUUAGUGCAGCAGUCACAGCUUUAAAUUCUGAAAGCAAAUUUGCUAAAGCUUAUUCAGAUGGUGUUCACAAGACAAAGUAUUGGGAGUAUGUUUAUGAAGAUUCAAUGGAUCUCAUAGCAAAAUUGCCUGUUAUUGCUGCUACCAUUUAUCGAAAUACUUACAAGAGUGGGAAGGGUAUUGGUGCUAUUGAUCCUCACAAGGAUUGGAGUGCAAAUUUCUGCCAGAUGUUGGGCUAUGACAAUGCUGAAUUCACAGAGCUCAUGAGAUUGUAUCUCACUAUUCACAGUGACCAUGAAGGAGGUAAUGUGAGUGCCCACACUGUGCAUCUUGUUGGUUCUGCACUGUCAGAUCCUUACUUGUCCUUUGCUGCUGGCAUGAAUGGAUUGGCUGGUCCUUUGCAUGGUCUUGCAAACCAGGAGGUAUUGAUCUUCUUAAGAAAAAUCCAGGCAGCUUUAGGUGACAAUCCCACUGAUGAUAAGUUGAAGGAAUUUAUUUGGUCAACUUUGAAAAGCGGGCAGGUUGUGCCUGGUUAUGGCCAUGCUGUUUUGCGCAAGACUGAUCCUCGUUAUACUUGUCAGAGAGAAUUUGCCCAGAAGCAUUUGCCCAAAGACCCCAUGUUCAAGCUGGUUUCUCAAGUAUACAAAAUUGUGCCACCCAUCCUGAUGGAAACUGGCAAAGUCAAGAACCCAUGGCCCAAUGUGGAUGCCCACUCUGGUGUCCUCCUUCAGUAUUAUGGCAUGACUGAAAUGAACUAUUACACUGUGUUGUUUGGAGUGUCACGAGCCCUUGGAGUGUUGGCAUCUUUGGUUUGGGAUCGUGCACUAGGUCUGCCUAUUGAACGUCCCAAGUCAAUGUCCACUGACGGUCUGAUGAAAGCUUUAAAAGCAUAAUACACGAUACAAUAAAAUUGUGUGAUUGGGAUCAGGAAUAUUUAGUAAUGCUGUUUUAAUAACUGCUUGUUUUAUUUAGCCAAGGUCUUUCAAAUUAUUUUUUUAAGAGAUUUGUAAUGUGAAUACUUCAUUCAAAUGCUGCAAUCAUACAGUAUUUUCAAAGUUUGAUAUUGCUGAGUUGCUAGACUCAGAUUGAUUUUAAUUUGUUGUGAUCUUUCUGGGGACUAUCUUCAGUUGUUUUGAAUGAGAUUAUUCUUCUUGGAAAGCUUUAUUAUCUAACUGAACUAAAUUUUGUCAUACAUCACUUUGUCAGUGUAUGCAUUGCACAUUUGUUGAAACCUUAUUAGCAGUGUUUGUCCUUUCAUACAUUUCAAUAAAAAGUGUUUGUAAACUUUUAUACUAGUGAACAGUAAUGCUCUAUUAUAUGCAGAUAAAUUUCACAAAGUUCAUUGCCAUUGUACAGACUUGGUGAACCGAGAUUUUGACGAUGGUGGAAUGAGUUGCAUUGUUUCAGAUUUCAAAAGUUGCUGAUUGCUAGUAUAAGAGCAUUCAGAAUUUUUUGUACAGUAGUGCAGCAGUUAUUCUUUGUUCGAGAUCUGUAUUGCGAUGUUUGUGUGCAAAUACAAGACACUGCAGGAAAACUGAACUGAUGGACCUUGGCUUGAGGACAAACAAGUUUUUGAAUGCAGUGCUACAUGAAGUACUAUAGUGCAAAAUACUUUCAGCAUUGAAGCAAGUCAUGUGCAUUAUAAGCACUUGGUGUGACUGUGAUAAGAGUGCUUGGUUAUUUAUAACAGUCUGUUAUUGCAACUAUCAAAUGACCAUUUCAUGUAGAUAUUUCAUUAAAACACAUUCUUAAAGUUGUCAACUGAAGGUGUAGUAAUAUUGUACUUUCCCUUCUGUUGGUCUGUUCUGCAGUCGUGAAGUUUUGUUUAUUUAUUUGGGGCGUUUUGUUGGAUAAUUGCAAUAAUGGAAAUUGAAAUGUGAGGAACUCUUGCAACUGGGGAUAAGUAUUUCAAAAUGUUACCAUCCUUUUGUCUGAACAUAAUUCUUUGUUGGUUCGUAAUAGAAAUUGGAUGAAAGGCUUGUCAGGAAGUAACUGCUGUGCGGUUGAUCUUGCUUGCCUUAACUGACGUGUAGACAAUAUUAGCAUAAGAGAGUGUAUUUAUGUGCAGUACAAAUGUGUACAAAACUCAGGCUGAAGAGUUCUCUGUUCUUUGCAGGUCCUCUUUGUUUUAUUUCACCUCUGAAAAGCAAUACUUUUGAUGAUGAUUCAGGGGGCUAGAACUCCUGUGUGCUUCUUAUUUAUUUAUAAUUUGAUUGAAUAACUUUACAAGAUGCAUUGUGUGUUGUAAAAUUGUCAAUAUUAUCACCUAAAUUAUUUAUGUGUGUAAAUAUUGUUAUGUAACUUUGUUAAUGAUGUAAUGUACAUUUCUCACGAUAACUGCAGCAGUUCAAACAAGGCAGUUCUAUUUGAAAAAUACUGGUUGUACAAUAGUAUUGGAACAGUAUAUUAAAAGUACUGUGUAAGCGUAAGAUCUAAUUCUAAACAAGAAUUGCAGACAAGUGUGUAGAAAUUUUAAAUGAUUCCAUUGCCUCAUAGACAAAAUUGAGUGAUUCGUUUAGGAGAAAAUGUGACAUUGUUAUUUAUAAUGUGAUGUGUUAUUUAUAGGAUGCUGGUAGUGAAGACUUUUAUUUUGAAUACAGAUAAAAGAACUAAAUUAUGAUAAUGGUGGAAACUCUCUUGGAAAAGUAAUGUGCUUUUAUUGGAAAGCAUAGAUAACAAAUCAAAAUUAUGCACAACCAUUCAUUUAGGAUCAUCCUGUAUGUACGGUUUACAAGGCUUGUAGUUCGUCUGAUCUCGGUGACGUGUAGAGAGUUCAUCUGCAGGAUAAAGAUAGUUCAAUAAAUACUGGAAAUGACUUAAAGUUGAA